AUGUCCGCAAAUUCUUCAACAUCCACAAGGGAACGAUCCGCACUGCUGCUGGCCAGCAGCAUAAAGCGCUCCCUGGGCAGUGGCGAGCUCAGCGACGUGCAGUUUACCAUCGGAUUACAGUUCGGGCAACCGAAAUAUUUCCGUGCGCAUAACUCCGUGUUUUGCGCCAUGUUCUACGGGAAGUUAGCAGAACGAUCAGAUCACGAUAUCGAUAUUCCGGAUAUCAUCCCCGAUGCGUUUGACAAUAUGCUGAGUUUCCUCUACACUGACAAUGUGGACAAUUUGGACAUGGACAACGUCAUCCAGACUUUAAUGUGCGCGGACAAGUACGAUCUCCCGUUGUUGGUGGAUAUAUGCUGCGAUUUUAUCCGCGCCCAGCUCUGCGUCGACAACUGCCUGGCCCUCUUGAACAAUGCAGUUGGUCUCCGUGCCGACGUGAUUGUCGAACCUUGCUUGGAUUUCAUCGACCGGAACGCUGACGCUGUCCUUCUGUCCGAACGUUUUGCGGCCGUUGAUCAAAAGACGGUCGUGAUGAUUUUGCGGCGGGACACGCUGUCCGCUGCAGAAAAUAAUGUCUACUUGGCUGUUGAGAAGUACUGCACAUUUUGA